GGAGCCAAAAUGGGGAAAGCUACGGAGGAGCUCUGGAAUAUUCUGCAGGAUGUAGGAGAAGAUGAGUUUAAGCUUUUCAAGUGGUUCCUGAAGCAGGAUUACAUCCUGGAGGGUUUUACAGGCAUCCCAGUGGCUUGGUUGGAGAAAGCAGACAGGCAGGACACAGUGGAUCUAAUGGUACAGAAAUAUCAGGGUCCUGGAGCUCUGAAGGUAACCUUGAAGGUUUUAGAAAAGAUCUGCAGGAAUGACCUGGUGCAGCGUUUGCAAAACUCCAGCUCGGGGGCAAAAGAUGUCACAAACCAUGGAUCUGUUCUCCUCAAAAGUGAUUAUGAAAGACAGAAGGCUGAGUUUGGGGCUAAAAUUAAGCUGAUGAUCCGGGAGAGACAGAUGAAGAUCGGAGAAAUCAGACACUCAGCAGAGCUCAGCAGCAAAUCUGCAGACAGACAUAUUGCAGACAGUGAGCGGGUGUUUACUGCUUUGCUGCAGUCCGUCAAGACAAGUCUGGAUACUCUCAUCGAAGCCAUUAAUGAAAAGCGAAAAGAGACACUGAAACAGGCCAAAGAAUUCAUCCAAGAGCUGGAGCAGGAAAUCUCCGAGCUGACAAAGAAAAGCACUAAGAUGGAGGAGCUCUCACGUACUGAAGACCACCCCGACUUCCUGAAUCGGUUCUCAUCCCUGAAUGCUAUUCCAACCACCAAAAACUGGACAGAAGUCACCAUUCCUCCGCCAUCUUAUGGGGGAAGCGUGGGUGCAGCUGUGAAUCAGCUGGAGGAGACGCUCAGUAAACAGAUGAAGAAGCUGAUCGAUAAGGCCAAGUUGAACAGGGUCCAGCAGUUUGCAAAGGAUGUGACUUUAGAUCCUAAUACAGCAAAUCCCUACCUCAUUUUAUCUGACGAUGGGAAACAAGUUUACUGUGGUGGCAUAAAACAAAAUCUCCCAGACAACCUGGAAAGAUUUAAUACUGCUAGUAAUGUUUUGGGAAAGCAGAGUUUCUCUUCGGGGAGAUUUUACUACGAGGUUCAGGUUAAGGGGAAGACUUCCUGGGAUUUAGGUGUCGUCAAAGAGUCAAUUAACAGAAAGGGAUCAAUCACAGCGAGCCCCAUGAACGGCUACUGGACUAUAUGUUUAAGGACUGGAAUCGAUGUAAAAUAUCAGCCGAAGAAGGUGGGCGUGUUUGUGGAUUACGACAAAAGUUCAGUCUCCUUUUUUGACGUAGAUUCUGCCGACAUUAUCCAAACCUUUAAUGACUGUUCCUUCACUGAGAAACUCUACCCAUUCUUCAGCCCCGGUCCUUGUCAUGGUGGUAAAAACUCCACCCCUCUGAUCAUCUCUCCUGUCAGUUACAACGAUUAGGUCGAUUUGAUCAACCAUUCAUUCAAAAUGAACAAAUUCAAGAAUCAGCUGAAAAGGUUUUGGGGUUUGGUGGUUGUGCCACUGUCUGUUUGAUGAAAUGGAGUUACAGAUGUGUGUGCUGCCUUGCUAUGAUUAUCACAAAUAGUUCAGGAAGUCUUUUCUGGUCCAGUAUGCAACCUAUACAGUGUGAUGUAGAAACUUGAAGCCACCAGUGCACAUCCACUGAGAAUGGACAUCUUGUGUCCAACAGGAAAAUUUUAGAAAAAUGUGCAUAUUCAUAGAUUAUGGAAUUGUUAACUAGGUAGAAGGAGUAGGAGAACAUAUAAGACACACAUUGUUGUUCCAAGCAGAUUAUUUGUAUAUGUUGUAAUAUAAAAACAACUGGAGGGGGAUCUUUUAUAUCUGUUCUAUAAAAAAGAAUAUUAACCUCCCCCAACUUGUAUAUAUUAUUAAUGUAUUUUGUAUGGUACCCUCUUUCUUCUAUUAUAUUUUUCUAUUCUUUUUUUCCUGAAAUGUAUUUUAUUGUGAGGAAAAUUCAUGUAUUUUGUAUAUUUAUGGUAUAAUAUCUACUCUUCCCCUGUAGCAUUAAAGAUGGAAUAGUUUUUGUACUCAUUAUUUGAACCUAGUUCCCCAAUUUACAUGUCUCCAUUUGAUCUUCUCCACAUGGUACUGUGCUGACAUUGAGUAGAUAACCUGAGCCAGAACCUUCCAGGUGCCGUUUGAUAUUUAUAGUGCCCCCAACCUUGGACCUUAGAAAUGGAAAUGCAAUAUUUAUGUCCAACGUUGUAUGGUAGUAUUAUAGUUGCCAUUAUUGUGUAAUGUGAACCUGUUGGAUUCUCUGCUUAUCAGCAACAAAUCGGGUUGUAGGAGCCACAUACCCGUCAA